AACCCUCUAAAAAUCUCAAACAACUUGGUUUUGUGGCUCCAAAUUUAACGACCCUUACACCCUCUAGCCCACCAACCCCUUUGUCUCUCUCCACACACACACACACACAGAAAAGAAGAUGUUAGCAUUCAUCUUCAAUUUCUCUGGAACCCCGUUCAUGCAUGUUUGAUUUCAUUUAGAUAAACCAGAAUUCAAAUCAAAUUCAUGCUUUCCCGCCAAUAAGAAAUAGAGAUUAGAGAACCAAGUAAUUAAUUAUGGAGAGAUUUUCACUGAGAGAACAUGUACUAUUAGGAUCUUCAUCUAGUCCAAGAAGAUCAUCUUUGAGUUCCCCUAAAUUGCAAUCAAGAAAUUCAGAUGUAGACUUCAAUGAUGUAUUUGGUGGUCCUCCAAGACGUUCUUCGAUGCACGAGUGGCGUAAUAGCAAUAAUAGUCUUAGUGACACUAUUAAUUCUAAUUCAUCUGGUGGGGAUGACGAAGACGAUGAAAAUAUUCCUUCGCGCAAUCCUUGGUCUGGUUUAAGUUCCGAAAAACCAGUUUUUGGAGAGGAAACUAUAACGCGUAGGAAUUACCCAAGCAAAGAUUUCUAUGACGACAUUUUUAAAGGCGAUGGAUUAACUACUUCGACCCCAACUAGACUCAGUUGGGAUCAUUUGCAUUCCAAUCCAGCUUCUCGGGUUUUAAGCCCUGCUCGUUCGAUGCAUACUCCUCCAUCUCAAUCCGAUUCAAUUGGUGGUUCAUCACUUCCUGUACUACUAAGUCUCCCGCCAAAACUGACGAAAGCGGUGGAUCAAGCAUUCAGUAGUCCUGGUCACAGCCCAUUUAAAAGCAAAGAAAGUUCUUCAGCUGCAUUUGGCUCUUCAUCAUCACCUAGUGUCUCUAGAGCUUCAACUCCCGUGGCUCAAGGGCAAGAAGAGUUGAGAAAUGAUGUCCAACAUUCUUAUACUAGAGCGUCUUCAUCCCAAGAUUUUUAUGAUGAGGGGUUAUCGAAAGCUGUAAAGUCUGAAACAAAUUCACAAGUUACUAGCAACAGUAAUGGCCAAUUUCACUUCUCUAUAUAUAAAUGGCCAACUAAAGGUGUGCCGUUAGUGAUGCAUCUUCGUGGAGGAAUUAAUAUAGUCUCAAAAGGAAAGGGUAAAGCUGAGGGGACUGGAAGUGAACUAUCUACGUCCGGUGUGCGAGAAAUUAGCAUCUCCUCCAAAAACCAAAGCAGCGGCUUAAAUACAAUUAUGAAAGAAACUAAAGUUGUUGAGGAACUAGCUCGUCUAAAACCUGAACCAGAGCCCAUUACGAGUUCUUUACCACACGUUGGACGAAAAUAUGCUAAAUCUGAAUCUGCUGCAUCUGAUGCUCCUGCGGGUGGAGCCAACAAACAAGAAAAUGAUAAGAUGGUUAAAAAGGGUGGACUGAAUGAAGGUUCCGCAAAGAGAGUUGAUAUGUCGGCUGUAAAUAUUGAUGAAAAUAAAAAGGCAAAAACAUCAACUGGAAAAAAGAAUGUUAAUCUUAGUGAAGCUAGCUUGCAGAAUUCACCUGCGAGAUCAGAAACCAAAAAUGUCAAGAACAAAGUCAAGGGAAAGGUUAAAGAUUUCGUCAAGAUUUUCAAUCAGGAAGUACCUGUAACACAUGUGCCUAGUGUUGAAACGGUAAUUCAGAGUCAGAGAACGGGAGCAGAAGACAUGGGUGCAUGUGAAACAGAUGAUCAAGAAAAUGUUGUUCAAAAGAAGGCUGGUAACAAUGAGAAGGUACCCAGCCAAAAAAGUAACAAAGUAUCAGUAGAUACAUCUUCCAAGGAUCAAGUAGUUGAACAACUGGAUAAACCUCAUGUCGCCGAAGACAGAACUUCCUAUAAAACUUAUGUCGCUUCCUCUGAAAGAAAUGAUACUUCAACCUCGUGUCCUGAACCAAUUCCUGUAGUUGUAGAGGCUGUAGUUACGAAUAUGGAAGAAUCUCAUUAUGAAGAUCUGCAAGGGAACUGCCUGGUCGAAGUACUGCCUCCUGAGCCCGAUAAACAAUCAGAAGCUGAUCAACUUAAUGAAGAAAUUAAAGCUUCAGAUGCUAAGAUACGGAAGUGGUCAAGCGGGAAGCAAGGGAAUAUCCGGUCCCUAUUAUCAACUCUUCAAUAUGUUCUUUGGCCUAGAAGUGGAUGGAAACCGGUGCCACUAAUGGAUAUAAUUGAACAGAACUCUGUGAGGAAAGCCUAUCAAAAAGCUUUAUUAUGUUUGCACCCUGAUAAGUUACAGCAAAGAGGAGCUUUGCCACAUCAAAAGUACACGGCCGAGAAGGUCUUUGACAUUUUGCAGGAGGCUUGGACACAAAACAAUUCAGUUGGCGCGUUGUGAUGGAAGAGUUGCUGACCUGCUUCAUGUAUGCCAACCUUUCUUGUCAGUAGAUAUAAUCCAAAUUCAAAGAACAGAUGAUCAAAUUAAGUUAAAUGCUCAUUUAGCUAAUGUUGGUGAGUUUCAUUAUUGUUUUCAAUUUCAAUGUGUAAAGAAAUUGUAUAUAACACUAGCAUCCAGACUGCUGAUUGGAAGUUGCAGCGUCAACUCUAUUUUUGAUAAUAUAAAUUCGUCCACAUGCACAGCAUACUUAUUUCCGUA